AUGCCGUCCCUGGACAUCAUCGAUCACUCACCCCACCAACCCGAACCGUCGCCGCCGAUCCCGACGGCCUCUAAUCUUGUUCUGAUUGACAACUACGAUUCGUUCACCUGGAACAUUUACCAGUAUCUCGUGCUCGAGGGCGCCACCGUUCAUGUCUUCCGAAAUGACCAGAUCAGCAUCGAGGAACUCAUCCAGAAGAAUCCCACACAGCUCAUUAUAAGCCCUGGCCCUGGGCACCCCACUACCGACUCCGGUAUCAGCAGAGAUGCCAUCCGGCACUUUGCUGGCAAGAUCCCCAUAUUCGGUGUUUGCAUGGGCCUGCAGUGCAUGUUCGACGUCUACGGAGGCGAGGUGACAUCCGCUGGCGAGUGGCUGCAUGGCAAGACGUCUCCCUUGACUCACGACUCCAAGAGAGUUUUUGGGGGCCUGGAACAGGGCCUUCCGGUGACCAGAUAUCACUCCCUGGCCGGAACUCACCUCACGCUGCCGGAAUGUCUCGAGGUUACGGCAUGGGUGGCGAACCCUGACGGCUCCCCGGGAAUCAUUCAGGGUGUCCGCCAUAAGCAGUACACCAUGGAGGGUGUUCAGUUCCAUCCUGAGAGUAUCCUUACCGCCGGCGGCCGCAAGAUGUUCAGGAACUUCUUGCACAUGCAGGGUGGCACUUGGGAGGAGAAUGACCUGCUGCAGAAGGCUUCCGCCGAGAAAGCCUCAGCCACGGCGCAGGCCAAGCCUAAGAGCAACAAUAUUCUGCAGAGGAUAUACGCCAGCCGUAAGGCUGCCGUCGCCAUCCAAAAGGAGAUCCCCUCGCAGAGAAUGGCCGAUCUCCAAGCUGCCUACGACCUCAACGCCGCCCCUCCGCUGGUUCCAUUCGUCAACCGACUGCGACAGACCCCGUUUGAUGUGGCACUCAUGGCCGAGAUCAAGCGUGGAUCGCCGUCGAAGGGAAUUUUCGCCCUCGACAUCAACGCCCCUACGCAGGCCAGGAAAUACGCUCUGGCCGGUGCGAGUGUCAUCUCUGUGCUCACAGAACCGGAGUGGUUCAAGGGAAGCAUCGAGGAUCUCAGGGCAGUUCGCCAGGUCCUCGAUGGCAUGCCAAACAGGCCAGCUAUUCUGCGAAAGGAGUUCAUCUUUGAUGAGUACCAGAUCCUGGAGGCCAGGUUGGCUGGAGCAGAUACGGUUCUCCUGAUUGUCAAGAUGCUCGACCAGGCGCUCCUGGAGCGCUUGUACAAGUACUCUGUCAGCUUGGGAAUGGAGCCUUUGGUGGAAGUCCAGAACGUCGAGGAGAUGACGACUGCGGUACAGCUCGGCUCGAAGGUCAUCGGCGUGAACAACCGCAACCUGGAGAGCUUCGAGGUUGAUCUGAACACAACAGGCCGAUUGCGGAGCAUGGUCCCAGACAACACGCUGAUUUGCGCGCUGAGUGGAAUCAACACUUACCAGGAUGUUCUCAUGAACAAGAAGGAUGGCGUCAACGCCGUUCUCGUGGGAGAAGCGAUCAUGCGAGCGCCCGACGCUAGUGUGUUCAUCAGCGAGCUAUGCUCCGGGUCCAAGCCCCCAGCUGAGCAGCAGGCUGCAACUCCGCUUCGCGUCAAGAUUUGCGGAACCCGCAGCGUGGAGGCCGCGCAGCAGGCCAUGAGCGACAAGGCAGACUUUGUUGGUAUCUGCCUGGUACCUAGUGCCAAGAGGUGCAUCUCCCAUGAGACGGCGCUUGCUAUAUCAAGAGCAAUUCACUCCGCGUCCGAGUCGCUUGAACCCAAGGGCGACCGGCAAGUCUCGCCCGCCGGGGCCACCGACUAUUUUGCCGCUGCUGGUGCGAGGCUGGAUGGGUCACGGACUCGUCUGGUUGGUAUCUUUCAGAAUCAACCACUGAGUGAGGUCCUUGAGAAGCAGCGACUCUACAACCUAGACCUUGUCCAGCUUCAUGGCGAUGAGCCGAUCGAGUGGGCCAAACUCAUCCCGGUCCCCGUCAUCCGUUGCUUCAAGCCCGGGCAAGCCGGUCUGGGACUCAGGGGCUACCACACCAUCCCUCUUCUCGACUCUGGCGCGGGAUCCGGAAAGCUGCUGGACGUAUCCAGCGUGAAGGCUGCCUUGGAGAGAGACCCUGACCUGAGGGUCUUCCUCGCGGGUGGCUUGAACCCGGAGAAUGUGGCUGAGGCCGUCAACGCGCUGGGCAGCUUGGGUAGCCGAGUACUAGGCGUGGAUGUCAGCAGCGGUGUUGAGGAGGGCGGCAAGCAAAGCAUGGCAAGGAUUUCUGCGUUUGUCAAGGCGGCGAAAAACAUUAGAUAG